AAAAAAAUCCACAAAUAAAAGAGAAAAAAGAGAAAGAGCCGAGGGUUGGGAAAAGUGUCCGUGAAUAUCGCCGAAAGUUCCCCAGAAACGCCGUUCGCUGCCGAUGGUGGCCACUCUACCACCAUCGCCACCCCCGCAAUCCGAGAAGGUGGCCAGCUCCCGCCGUACACAGGAUUUCCGCCGGUUUUCCAAGGAUCCCCCCAGCAGCAGCACCACCGCGCGAACCAACACGCUCGUAGCGCUUGUAGUAAACGCCGUAGUAGUACACCCCAGAGGCAGAUGCACCCCUUCAGCUGUGGCCGCCUCGGUUGAACGCUCGUCCACUAGCCCGUUCUCGCAGCGUUGUUGGUGCGCCGCGAGUGACACACAUUAACCUGCGAUUAAGAGGUCGCGUUACGCUUACGGAUGGCAACCUGCUAAACGAUCGGCGCGCUCGACUAGCAAACCAACUAGUAGUGCUCUUGCUGGGUGCUGGUGUGUUUGGGUGCGUCUCUUUGGUGGAAAGUCCCGCAUCCAUGAGAAGACGAGUGACGGCAAAGUGUUCGAGAGCGCCGUAGCGAGCCCCCGCCUCCUUCGCCUAUUGCGGAACCGCGCAACCGUUGUUGGCCGCCACACCAUCGUUCACGGAGUGAUCCCGCUCGGUUUGCUUGCUGUAGCAAAUGCAGCCAACGGGAACGCAACCGGGUGGACCAUCCGAUACAAGCACCACCAACGGCACCACCAUGUCCGCCGGCAGUUCUAUCGGAACAAGGAUCACCGAGAUUGAAAGAUCCAUCGCGACGCCACGCGCGAUGCUGGCGCCAAUGAACUUCGGUGCGAGACGCCCCGUAGGACUUCCGCUGCCUAUUCCUGACCCACGUCCGAAUCGCAGCGAAUCCGAGCAAAAGUUUUUGAAAAUUAUCGAAAAGAACGGUCUGCUGACGAUAAACAACCAGACCUAUCGAACGCAGCUAAGCGAUCUGGAUGAUCUGGGUGAACUGGGGAGCGGCACAAGUGGGCAUGUAGUGAAAAUGCGACACAAUCCCAGUGGUACCAUCAUAGCGGUGAAGCAAAUGCGUCGAACCGGCAACGACGAGGAGAACAAGCGAAUCAUUAUGGAUCUGGAUGUGGUGCUAAAGUCGGAGAACUGCAAACACAUCGUCAAGUGUUUGGGGUGCUUCAUAACCGAUGCGGACGUCUGGAUUUGCAUGGAGCUGAUGACCACUUGUUUCGACAAGCUGCAGAAGAAAUCGAAGAAACCGGUACCAGAGGAGAUUCUGGGAAAGGUGACGGUCUCAACCGUUCGGGCACUCGCUUACCUCAAGGACAAUCAUCGCGUUAUACACCGGGAUGUGAAACCAUCUAACAUCUUGAUCGACGAUCACGGCAACAUCAAGCUAUGCGACUUUGGCAUCAGCGGCCGGUUGGUUGAUUCCAAUGCCCGCACUCGUUCGGCCGGAUGUGCCGCAUAUAUGGCCCCGGAACGAAUCGAUCCGGCCAAAACGGUCUACGACAUUCGGGCCGAUGUUUGGUCGCUGGGCAUUACGCUGGUCGAACUGGCCACCGGUGUGUUUCCCUAUCGGGGAUGUGUGACCGAUUUCGAAGUGCUGACGCAAGUGCUCACCUCGAACCCACCGCGCCUUCCAGAGGAUCAGCCUUUCAGCCCGGAGUUUCGCGAUUUCGUACAGCGCUGCCUGCAAAAGGACUACCAGGCGCGACCUAAGUAUCCGGAUCUGUUGCGGCACGCUUUUCUGCAGCGCGCAGAACAGGAUACCAGCAUCAACGUUGGCGAAUGGUUCCGCAACGUUGCCGUAAACUGCGGCAUUCAGUUAACGAGCUUGGCGCACCGAACGCCUGCCACCGGUACCGGUACCACUUCCGUCAGUUCCGCUCCCACGGCUUCGCGUGCUUCGUCUUCGGAACAAACCAGAAUACCGACACCACUUGGAAGUUUGACGGAAGCGGUCCAGGCGCAAUCGAAUCAGCAAAAGCAAACCAUAGCCAUCGCUGCCUCCUCGAUUCCGAUCAAAUCGGGUAGCACUAGCAACACUCUCUACACCGCGACCUCAUCACCACACAUUGCCAACAACAGUAGCAACGAACCGAAUCACCUCAUCCUUAGCCAACGAGCAGUAGCCACUGCGGAACAACAGUUACAACAACAAAUUCAUCAGCACCAUCAGCAACAGCAACAGCAGCAGCACCAGCAGCAACUACUUCAAAGCAAGCUUAGCAACAUCAGCCUAGCAACGGGUUCGGCCCACACAACUACCUCGUCUUCCUCCCCGGUGUUCGAUCCGCGGCGAUCACCGUCUCCACAAACACCCUACCUGUCCAAAUUGCAACCAAAAAGUGCCAUCUCUAGCACCGGCGUUCCGAUCGCGUCCGAGCGAAAUGGUGCUCUCGGUGCCGAGCAACAGCACCAUCAUCAGCUGGCCAGGAAGUACAAACACUCCCCAUUUCUGGGACGCCGAACCGGAGCAGCUUCGAGUAACAACGGCAGCAGCGAGUACGGUAGCGGAAGCCCUAAGAAAGAGUCAACAUUGAGCAGCCUUGGGCAGAGCAUCUUCAAGAACCUCACCACAUCCCCGUUCUCGCAGCGAAAGUCAUUGGCAAAUGCUAGCAGCGGUGAAUCGAAGCUCGGCACCAUUACAUCUCCACCGUACACCGAGGCUACGGGAUCGCCGAUGGAAACGUACAUGCAGACCAAUGGUUCUAAUCCUUCCUCCCCGUUGCCCAUGCUUCGGAAGACUCAGCACGAUACCGGCACCACGACACAAGAUGAUACUCAGUACAAACAUCUGCAUGGAAACACUAGUCCAAUUGUUCUUCAGCGAUUCUACCACCAACAGAAUCAACUGUAUGAACAGCAGCGCGAAGCACAGCAGAAGCAGCAUCCGCACGCACCGCAAACGGCAAUCUAUAUUUCGCACGGCAACAACUCAAUCGUGAACAUUGCCGGAGGAGGAGUCACUGCGACGGUGGAAGGCUCUUCGCCGCACAUGAUACGCUUUAGUCCAUUACCUGCCCAUCGCACGGUUCACCACGGUGUACACCCGAUCGUACCAUCAGCCACGAUCCCGAAUUCCGCUCUCUAUCGGGACGCGAUCGCUACAUCUCCACCAUUACACUCGGGCAUACCGAUCUACCAGCAACAGCAAGGGCAACACCAUCCUUCCGGUACGGAGCAAAGUCCGGCAAAGCAACGGGCAUCCGCGGGCGGGUUGUCCUCUACCGGGGGCUCCUUCUUCAGCACCAUUAGCCGUGGUAUGAAGAGUGCAGGUCGCAGUGACAAGGUGAUCGAUCGCAGUGGCACUGGCGGAAACGGGGGAGUAGGAGCGUCGGCGGGUAGCAACGCGAUGGCUGGUGUGUCACCAGCCACAGAGCGAACGCUCUACGGUACAACCAAUCAACCGAUCUACGCCGGUCACCAUGGCAACCCCAGCACGCUCACCGAAGGUCUGAAAGAUGAAACAGGCUGGUUUAAUUCCUUUGCAGAUCGAGCGAAGCGGCACUUUCAUUCGUUCGUCAAGCUGAACCUUAGCAACAGUGUAGGGGCUGCCGGUGGGGGUGGCUCAGCGGCCAGUGAUAAGCGGAUGUUUAAGGAAAAACAUCACUACCAGUCACAGCUUUCAGCGUACCCGCAGCCCGCGUUCGAUGCGCCUGCCUCUGUUCUUCCUCCUACCGCUGGAACAAUGGGAGGAGGAGGCGGAACAGCGUAUGGAACAGUCGGUCCGUUCGCUGGCAGUUACACGGUACAGCCUCCAUCUGCGAUUCCCACGGCGAUCGGGCCAGCUGCUCAUUCAUCGUUAGCUCACCACCAUGUGCUCAGCGGUGCAGCGGCCAGUGCCGCCGAUCGGCGUCAUCGUAGUCCCGAUCCACCGCCAAGGUUCAAUCGAGGUCAGUCGCCACUGCUGCUUCAACGUAAGCUCGAACAGCUUGGUCACACGGGCUCACCGUUGCUGAAUCGUAGACCGUUCACCUCAACGUCUCCCUCCCCGCCACUACCGCCUAGAAGGGGAUCGGAAAGUGUGCCAGGCUCACCGCAGCAUUUGCGAACGCGCAUCAACUACACUCCGGAACCGCACCGGCGACCCUACCGUACCACGAUAGACCAAUGAGUGGGACUGCAGAUAUUGGUCAUGUGAUCCAUGUACAGCUUCCUGGCCGAUUAAUGGACGAAUAGCCACGUGCGCGCGCUGUGGUUUGUCGUGUAAAAAGUGGUGUGGCGUUCUGCUUGGCCUACUAGUGGCAUUAGCCGUGGCUAGCGGUGAUGAUGCGGCUGCUUCCUGUUACAGUAGUUGUUGAUCCUAUACGCUGCUUCCGCUGUUGUCCUGUAUUCUCUCUUUUCAACAUUCACGAUUUCUCUCUCUUUCUCUCUCUGCUUCAAAUCAACCUGUCGUCCAGGGCCAGCGGAACUGUAAUUGUUGCCCCAGGAACGAAAGGUCAAUGUUAAUGCAAUCAUAUAUUCUUCAAAAGCUAGGGAAAGUUAUUGAGAAGCGAUGGCAAUUGUGGAAGGGAGAAAUGGUGCACAAUAGCCAACAAGAUACAGAUGCACUCGAAACUACGGAACUAAAAAACAAAACGAACUCUUAAAAUCGAAUCGAAUCGAAAUGAAACGACCAGAUACACCCUAUAAAGGGCAACGCUGCGAGGCAAAAGAGACGGGAUACGAUUGGCAGGUUAAGGAAACCAGCAAUAGGACGCAAUACUGUACUGCAGGUUUGUAGGGUAGGAGAAUGGGUAGGACGAGCAAAUGAAAAACACAAAAAGAUAACAAAACGAACCUAAGCUCUCCCUCCCCUCUUUAGCUUUCCCUUUUUUGUACUUUUCCCCGAGCUGCUCGCGCGUUGCUCGUGUCUGGAACACCAUAUAACCAUACAUUGUGAUCGUAGUUGGCGGUGGUAGUAGGCCCCAGUUAGCUAGAUAGGUAGACAAGUCGGCCAACAUCUUCGUUCGCUCGUUAAGGCGAAGAUAUUGCGGUCGAUGUAGCUUUGCUCAGUUUUUGGUUGGCCCGUCUUUGUAGGGGUGUGUGUGCAGAAAGUGAAAAUACCUCAAAAUCAAAAACAACUCGUAAACUGUGUCGAUCGUUGAUUGCAUAAUCGAACUGCUGCUGCUGCUAUGUGUGUGCUGUUACCCAUUGAGCUUUCAUGAGCGUUUUUCCUUAUUUUUUUUCUUUCGUUUUUUUCAUUGAUUUUGCUCUACACGGUCUCCAAUUUGUGACCUGCUUUCCUGAAGGGCUCUCUGUGGCCUCGUUUGUGAUGAUUUCGCUUUAACUCAGUACGUGAUUUGUGCUUUCGGUUGCCUGGGCAAAGUGAGCAUUGCUAGCAAUGCUCCUUUUGCCCCUUUUGUCAGACCGAUCAUCCCAUUAGCCGACCUGUCGUCAUGGUGAGAUGACUGAUACCUUUUGGAGGGAGCCGUUUAUGUUCUAAAAAGACAAAUUAAGCAUGGUUGCCCCGUUAUUAUAACGCUGGAACAUUUGACAAAGACGAUGAUGACGACGGAGAACGACGACAAACUUCACACACAUGGCCUCCCACACGAUCAUUGGUGGUCGCUCGCUGACUAUGGCUUGCUGGAAUGCCUUCGUUUAGUGCUCAGCAAGCAACUGCAGAACCAAUGCUACCGGCUACCGAAUGAGUCCAGCGGAGCCCAUUUCUUUUUUGUGGUAGCUGCCCAAACUAAAUAGCAAUGUCGCAGCCCCGAGGGCAUGCUUAAGUGCAAUGGUGUGUGUGCAUGUGUGAGUUGUAACGAAAACGAAAAUGUGGGAAUGGGUGAACCACGAAAAAAUAGUCAUUUAUUAUUAUUAUUAUUCUAUUAUAUUAUAUAUACUAUUAUAUUAUAUUAACAUAUUGAAAACAAAAACGAACCUUAUAAAAACGCAAAACAGAAAGGAAAUCCUGACAAAUGAUUCUAUGACAAAUGAUACAAACGGUGGAAUAGACAUUGGAAUUAAUUGAUGAUUAAUUUAUGGAAAAGGAAAAGCAAAUUACGAAAAAGAAACGUAAGAACGGGUGGACGGAGAAGUGAUGUGCACAGAUCCAACCAAAGCCACUCUCCCCGCAACACGAAAUAUGAUCGAAAAAUCGCAAAACCAAUUGUAAAAUGACGAGAAAGUAAGAAAUAAACGAUGCGAUAAGUGUGUCGU